CCGAGCGAGCCGGGCCGGGGGGAGGGUGGGGGAUGGCGCGGACCCCGGGGCCGGCCCCGCUGUGUCCCGGAGGCGGCAAAGCACAACUUUCCUCCGCUUCUCCCCCCGGGGCCGGACUCCUGCUGCCGCCCCCGACGCCACCACCGCUACUGCUGCUGCUCUUCCCGCUGCUACUCUUCUCCCGGCUCUGUGGUGCCUUAGCUGGGCCAAUUAUUGUGGAGCCACAUGUCACAGCAGUAUGGGGAAAGAAUGUUUCAUUGAAGUGUUUAAUUGAAGUAAAUGAAACUAUAACACAAAUUUCAUGGGAGAAGAUCCAUGGCAAAAGUUCACAGACUGUUGCAGUUCAUCAUCCGCAGUAUGGAUUCUCUGUUCAAGGAGAAUAUCAGGGAAGAGUCUUAUUUAAAAACUAUUCACUUAAUGAUGCAACAAUUACUCUACAUAACAUAGGAUUCUCUGAUUCUGGAAAAUACAUAUGCAAAGCUGUUACAUUCCCGCUUGGAAAUGCUCAAUCCUCUACAACUGUAACUGUAUUAGUUGAACCCACUGUGAGCCUAAUAAAAGGGCCAGAUUCUUUAAUUGAUGGAGGAAAUGAAACGGUAGCAGCCAUCUGUAUCGCAGCCACUGGAAAACCAGUUGCACAUAUUGACUGGGAAGGUGAUCUUGGUGAAAUGGAAUCCACUACAACUUCUUUUCCAAAUGAAACGGCAACAAUUGUCAGCCAGUACAAGCUGUUUCCAACCAGAUUUGCUAGAGGAAGGCGGAUUACCUGUGUUGUAAAACAUCCAGCCUUGGAAAAGGACAUCCGAUAUUCUUUCAUAUUAGAUAUACAGUAUGCUCCAGAAGUUUCAGUAACAGGCUAUGAUGGGAAUUGGUUUGUAGGAAGAAAAGGUGUUAAUCUCAAGUGUAAUGCUGAUGCAAAUCCACCACCCUUCAAAUCAGUGUGGAGCAGGUUGGAUGGACAGUGGCCUGAUGGUUUAUUGGCUUCAGACAAUACUCUUCAUUUUGUCCAUCCAUUGACUUUCAAUUAUUCUGGUGUUUAUGUCUGUAAAGUAACCAAUUCCCUUGGUCAAAGAAGUGAUCAAAAGGUCAUCUACAUUUCAGAUGUCCCAUUUAAGCAGACCUCUUCUAUAGCCGUAGCUGGAGCUGUAAUUGGAGCUGUCCUUGCUCUUUUCAUCAUUGCUGUCUUUGUGACUGUCCUGCUGACUCCUCGAAAAAAGAGACCAUCCUAUCUUGACAAAGUGAUCGACCUUCCGCCCACACAUAAACCACCUCCCAUGUAUGAAGAACGAUCCCCCCACUUGCCUCAAAAAGAUCUUCUAUAUCAGACCGAACACUUGCCUUUGCAGACUCAGUUCCAAGACAGAGAGGUCGGCAGUCUCCAGCACUCUAAUGGACUAAAUAGCAGGAGAUUGGACUAUGAAGAUGAGAAUCCCGUGGGGGAAGACGGGAUUCAGCAGAUGUACCCCCUUUAUAAUCAGAUAUGCUACCAAGACCGGAGUCCUGGCAAACAUCAUCAAAGCACCGACCCUGACAGAGUCUACAUCAACCCGCGGGAACAUUACGUGUGAUUCCCUCUCUUUCUGGUGGAUGUCCUGACAAAUGUUUAAUCAUAGCUUGGGGAGAGAAAUUGAAGUCGCUGGUUAUGAUUUUAUUCUCUUUCCUAUAAAACCACCCCAGUUUACCUGUAUCAGAAGUUAUGAUGAAUGGCUUGGAGCCAAUAGUGAAUUUCUUUCCUUCCUUAAGAGUUCCUUAGCCACCAGCUGUGUUUGUGAGCUUAACAAUAGCUUUGCGUGUUCCUGUGACGAUAGUGUUUAACUACUAACAUUGGGCCUGGACGGCGUGUUCAUUCAAAUGUAGAGCAUCCGCGUGCAAUGGCAGCCAUGAUUCUCCAGAAAGAAAGGUCCCAGCUGGGAGUGUUAGCCUUACUGGGUCUUAGGCAGGCCAGCCUAUUCAUCUGUAACUCAAAUGAGCAGAAAGAGGAGUUCGAAAUCCAUCUCACUCAUCAUUUCAUCGGGAUUUGGCUUUCUCGGAUGUGCUUACUGCAAUUACAGUACCUGUGCAAACAGGAAGGCCUGGGGAAAGAGGCAGAAUGUACUCUUUAUCCAAAACAACAACAACAACAACAAAGCAGUGGAAACCCUCAAGCCUGUGAUAACUGUAGUCUGUGUUCUUUCUUGAUCACUCAGGUCCCGAGGGAUACGUGUUUUGUGCUGUUCUCGGCCUGGUCUGGAUUAGUUGCGUGCUCGCCCAGGUUCUGCUCUCGCCUGUCGUUCCCACAGUUCUGUUCUUUCCUAGCCAGAUUAGCCUAUUUCCCACCUAUUAAAUUCUAAAAGCCUUGUCUAAGUGGACAGCCUUGAGCCCUGUCCCUCGUUUCUGUAGUAUUGUGUGUGACAAGCUCAGCUUGCACUGCUGAAAUUCCUUUCAAACUAAUCCUAUCCACACAGGCUUCGGCCACCCCUGCUCUUGUACUUCUCAUCUGUAUUUUAUCUACCUCAGAAAAGCCUGCUGGAGAAUCACCAUGAAAUAACGUGUGCUCUUAAAAGCCAGGCAGAAAAUGUGAAAAUUGUUUUUGAAAAGUGCCACUUCAGAAUGGCAGAAUGGCAGAUAUGUCAGACCCCCAUGUUGUCCUUUAUCCCCCCACCCUCUUUUACCUGGUCAAGAACAAGAGUGAAGGGAUGCUAAAAAGGCAAAGAAUAGAGUGCCUGACUUACCAGUGCAACACUUCGGUGCCUGCAAAUAUCCGUCUUGAGUUUUCUCACUCCCCUUUGCCAGCAUAGCCUCACUGAGAUUGAAAGUAGGACUUACAGCAGGUGAGCAGAAGAGGGGGCCCAGGUACCACGCAAAUGUCGAUCACUGUCCUCACAUCUUAAGAAAAGCAUUGUAUUUCUGUGUGUUCUGGAAGAUGAGAGGUAUGUCACAGAUAUUAAAAACACUACAGACUCGUCAUAUAUUAAGAAAAAAUGACAGAAGUACUGAUAAUAGAGUACAUGUUUCCAACCUAAGUUUCAGGGGGACAGAGCGUAUUAACCUAGAUUUCUAAUGAGAUACCAAAGAUACCUGGUGAUUGGUGUGUUGGUUCUGGUUCCUGCUUGUCUGUCUGUUAACGUUUUUUCGUUGCCACGCUCUGAGACAAGUUAUCCAGGUGUUCUGCAGUAGUCACACGGUCUGCCCCUAUUGCCUGGGUCACUAGCAGUUCUGGGAGAAAAGAUGCUUAAACUCUAACUCAGCACUUGAGCAAGUUCAGAGGCUUUGUGGUUGUAUGGAAUUAAAGGGUACAUCCCGAGGACCCUGCUUGCUGUGUCACUGUGCUACCUCAGUUUGAGUUUACUGCCCUUUGUAGCAAGAUGGCACGGAAAGAGCAUAUUUGACUUUAUUACCUGGAAUCCCAUCAGUGAAUUACUGUAGCUGAAGGUGGAGGAAUUCUUGCAGUUGUUUCCCAACAGAAAGAUGGCUCUGGUCAGAGUUCUCCUUGACAGUGAAGUGUUUUUUUUUUUAAUAAAUGCUAGAUGUUGCAAAGGAAGAGAUAUGGUGGUAUAUCACCUCCUUUAGAAAGCUUUAAAAAUGUCUUACAGGGUAAGGAUGGCUUCUGGGGUCCUGCUGGGAAGCUGGUUGCUGAAUUAGCAUCACAAAAACUUAUGUUGGACCUUGGGGGGAGUAAAGAUGUCUUUAUUUGCACUAGAUUUGGAAGGGCUGGGUUUUAGGAGCCUUUUGGCCUAUCUUCAGAGCCCUCCCUACCAAGAAGAACCCACUAUAGAAUUUUUUUUUUAAAGAUUUUAUUUUUUUAUUUAUGUGACAGAGAGACAGCCCGCGAGAGAGGGAACACAGCAGGGAGAGUGGGAGAGGAAGAAGCAGGCUCCCAGCGGAGGAGCAUGAUGUGGGACUCGAUCCGGAACGCCGGGAUCACGCCCUGAGCCGAAGGCAGACGCUUAACGACUGCGCUAUCCAGGCGCCCCCACUAUAGAAUUUUUAACAUUUUGUUGUGGUUCUGGAAAAGAAAUUUCGGGCUGUAGACACCUCUCUUAUAGCCGGCUAGUUCACUAUCCUCUUUGCUUCUCUGUCAGCUACAAUACUUAGUUCCUGAACAGACUGGUAGAUUUUACAGCUGUUGGCCCUUUACGUGGUCAGAUAAGCGCUGUAAUUGUUUAUCCUGGUGUCUCUCAUCUGUUCUCUCUGAAUACUGAACGGAACAGAGGAGCUUUGGAAGGGUUUGAUCAGCCAGCCCCCUCAACCAAAAAACGCCAUCCGAAAUUAGCCUGUCGAUCUCUAAAUUUGGAGCUUAGACGACUUGAUGAUGGCGGUUUAAAUUUGGAAGUUAGACUCUUAAAGGUCAGUGAGUGAUACAAUCUACAGCUGAUACUAGAUACUCUUGCCAUAACUGGUUUACUAGAACACACGGAAACAGAAAUAAAUCCCCAGGGUGCUUAUCCGCUUACGAUGGCAGCUCAGCGUUUCCAGGGGGAGUGUGCGUGCUCCCUCUUGGACGUGCAGCCGGGGCGGCCUGUUGUGCAGGAGCCCAGGCUCCAGGAGCGGGCACCGGUGCCGUAGUAGCGGGUCGGUACCUUUGCACACCACACCGGUCCAGCCUCUGCACCGCCCAGGAAUGGUCUGGCCUAAUGGGAUAUGAAUUGAGAUUAAUUCUUAAAUGGCAGCGAUUUGUCGCCUCUUCUGUGAGGGUUCUCCUAUCCUUGGCCUUCGUAUAUUUUCUAAGUUUGAAGAAGUGUGUGCUUUUUUGAACUUGUAAUAUAAAAUUCUUACCUGCGGUAGACCUCCCUGUUACACACACGUGGUAGAUACUAAAGAAAUAAAUGCCCUAUAAACUACAUGAACGGUUCCCUCAUAAAUCUCUUAUGGCCUCAUUUACUCACAAGGCUAGCACAAAUUCUUUGUCUGUCUUUUGAGGAUGAUUUCCUAAAUUCUCUUUCAUAGUAGUCUGAAAUUCACUUUUGCUUUUCGUUGUACACUCUUUCCCUGCACUGGGCUGGCCUCCUGGUAAUAUUCUUUACAUACAAUAGAGCCUUCUUCCAGCCUCUUAUUCCCUGGGGUGUCAAGGACAGGCCACACGCCAAGAACCAGAAGAAUACAUUCUACUUCCAGCUUCCCCCUUUCUGGCCGUGGAAACCUGGACAAGUCACCUAACCUCGCUAGGGCAUCCGUUGCCUAUUAUCCGUAAAGCAGAGAUUACCUUCCCUGUCAGCCUCUCAGAAGUGUGAGAGUUAACAAGAUAAUAACAGAUGGGAAAUUAGAAGUUCUCUUCACACUGAAAAGGCCUGUGACUGUUGUUAUUAAAUGUUGAACCUAAACUUCUAGCAUCUCACCAGCACUGGGGAGAAUCAAGUGGUCCCAUGAAAACUUCAAUUUGACCCAAUUUGAGUAGAGCCAAGUGCAAGGAGGACUUGCACCUUCUUUUACUAUGACAUUUGUUUUGUCUUGUGGCAAGCUUGCUAUCUGGAGCUUCGCCUUUCAGGCUUUGUCUAAAAUUGCAGGUGCGAACCAGGAGCCAUAACUGUGGUGGCUCUGGGUUUGUAGGUUACUACUAAUAACAGCUACACCACUGAGUUUGUGGUAUGAACAGGAUUCCCGGACAAGUCCCUUACAUGAACCCCCGCCCAGACGAGGACCAAACUCCUGGGUUGUCCCGUUCCCAGGAGCCCCUGUGGGGAUGGAAAGGCUCACAGUCCUGUGCCGUACCCCCACAGGCAUGCUAAUCACCAGCCAGCUCUUACUUCUUUCAAAUCGGCUUCUGGGGAGUGCAGUUAGGGAAUACAUUUUCUUGAUCGUUUUUUAAAGGAGAUCUAAGAAAAUACAUAGGAAAAAACCCCUAAGAAAUGUUUAUUAAAAUGAAAGGAAGCACGUAUGCUCAUUUUUACUUAGUUUUUACUUAAUUUUACUUAGUUUUUGAACUUCUCAAAAUGCUCAGAAAGACUCUAUUAGAUUAACUGUAGCUGCAAAAACAAUCAAAUAAUUAAAGUUACCCCAUCCCAGUUGGGAUAUUCAAAAUAAUUUGGGCACAAACUUCUCUCUAACCUUCAGCUUAGUUCUUUGAUACACUGAUUGCUCUGUUUGGUGUGUCCCACCUUUAUUGAACUCCCAGGGAGAGGUGGAUAGAUGGCAAACUAGCCAGCUUUGGUGGAAAACCAGAAGAAUGGGAAGAGUAUGAAGUAGAAAGGUCAGAGCCCCCUCCCUCCCCCUCCCACCCGUGACUCAGCCUUGUGCUUAACUGACAAGGUUCUUCAUCCUUGGGCUGUGUGCAGAUCUUCUAGGAGGACCAGGGACUUCCAGUUCUUCUGAUAAACCAGAAACUGCUAUCUGCAAGCCUCUUCAACUAUAGACUCUGCCUGAAUUAGUUUUAUUAUACCUAUAAAGGAAUUUCUGUUUCUUCCAUUAAAGAAAAUUGUUGUGAACUGGACUUGGCCAGUUUGGUCACUUGCAAGGAUUAGGUUGUUCUGGAAGCCUUCAGGACGUAGAGGUGGGGGAGGCUGUAGCUCAUCUCCCACCCCCACCCCCAACCUCACCAGGUGGUUCUUUACACUGAAAUCAGCUUUUAGACCAAUUUCUGCAUCAUUCAUAAGCAAGCAGUCGUCCUGUCAGAGUCAGCCUGUCCUGUAAGCUUGAAAAUGUCCCAAUUCUCUUCUUUUGGGGAACUCAACAAUAUCUUAUGCAAAAGGUUUAUUAGAAGCAGAUCCAAUAAUGUUCCAGUAUAUUUAGUGUCAGGUGACCCAAUUCCGUUUCACUGCUAGACACAGGUUAGUAAUCUAGGGAUCCGGGGCUGGUGGGCUUGCUAAGAGUCUCAUACCCUCUUGAGGGAAGGGCUGGAGUGCCCUGCAGUGUUUGGCCAGGCGUAUACCUUUACCAUUACUAAUUUGGCCCUUGAAAAGAAUCAUUUAUUAACAAAGUCUCUGGUGCUAAACUGCAGGUAAAGCUCUUCUGGUAGAAGCCUCUAAAGUGACUAGAGUUUUUCAAAUGCUAACAACCUUUGGAGGAUGUUAUUCCCCCACUAGGAUUCUUCAGACUCCCAGAGUGUUUAUUAAGACUAAUUAAAAAUUGCCAAAAUAAUUUAAAUUACAUAGAAUGUAACAGAAUUUGUUAAGGAUUCCUCAGGAUAUCACACCUGCUGACAUUUCUCCUUAGUGACAACCUUUUCUUUCUUGGCGGAAAGGGGGCAGGGGAGGUACGUGAGACAGACAGACGAGGGGAGAAGGGUCCACUUAAAAUUCUCAGUUGAAAAAAAAAUUUCCAUUCACACGCACAAAAGAACCCUCACAUCUGCAAACAUUUCACUCUUUCAGGCUCAUUUUAUCGUAUUUGCUUUAACGUUAUCUCUGCAGAAAAGGUUAGAGGUGAGAACAGAAAGGUCAUAUUUACCUAGAUGGUCAAAAUACAGAAAACAUUAGGUUUAUUUCUACUGCAUUUUCAUUACUAGGUGAGUUAUUCUCAAGUUUCAGUUUGAUUAUGGCGCCGAGUAAACUAGAAUGAAAGAGAAUGUCGGAACUUCCGAUGACCCCGCAUGCUGUACAGUAUCAACUGAGAGUGUGUGUGGGAGCUCUUUCUACAUCUCAGGGAGAAGGGAAACCGCCGUGGAUAAAUACGAGGAUUCUCCACGUCAUCGCUUGGCAAUAACUCCCUUCCAUUGGUCCAUUCCGAAGAAUUUUCUAAGCAGUGUUUGGGGUCUAAGGCCAUGAUACGUAUCAAGUUACAUACCUCCCUGCACCAAAAAGAACUGGCUAUAUUCUGUAUUCUUUACCAAACAGUUGCCCUCUUGAGGUUUUUCCCAGCAGGAUCCUUAGUAUCAUAGCCUAAAGUGGUGGUAUUUAUCAUCAUGACAUGGGAUUGAACUGUGACAGUCAAUUAAAGGACACCUCGAGGGAAAACCUCCCUGGGAAUCCAGAACAUCAGAUUUGCUACACUGGCUUAGAACUGUGACCCAUCCUGCUACAAAUAGGUCUGACAGCCAGGAAGAGAUGUUUCAUGUGUCUCCUCCAGAGGUUAGGAAUAUACCUCCAACAUGCUUAAUGUCCCAUAAUAGCUCACAAUAGAUCUGUGAAGCCCAGGGUCGCACAGGAUUUUCAAAGUGACACGGUGUCACUGUUUUGGGUUUUAAUAAUGUUUCCCAUAAGGACCAGUAUUUUUCCUUAACCCACCCUAGCCCAUUGAUCAGGCUAAAUUAAAUUCCUUGCUCAAGUCAUGUUCAUAGCUCAGUGUCCAUCAUAUUUUAACUACAGACAGCAGUAUUUUGUCCUAAAUGCGUUGGUUUGCACUUCCCUGCACUGUGGCUCGUUUAUGCCUCUGCUCCUUCACGUGGUCUUAUGAGAACUUACUGUGUAUUUCAAUACCCAGAAGAGCAUUUGCCAUCUUAGGUUUCAUUGUGUACUUGAAAUUCCAAGUCCUUUGUAAAAAAAAAAAAAAAAAAAAAAAAUGUUAAGUAGCUGGUAUGGCUACUGGAUCCUGGAUUAUUGCACUUGUCCAUCCAGAAAAGUUCCUGUUUAUCCUCUACCUUCUGUUUCUAUUUCUAAGCCAAUGCUUUAAGACAUAACAUCUGCUCCAGCCUAGUCCCUCUCUAUGUGGUCUUAACUUCUGUGCUCCUCGGUCUUACCCUGGAAGUUUGUACUCUGUACCUCACGGGGCUUUGUGGAGGGAAAAAUAAGAUACUUAAGGGCUGUCUUCAAGAGAGGUCCUACUUUUAAAGUGAUUCUAUAAAAGCCCCUUGGCUUAGAAAUGAGAAACUCUAUAGCUAUAAUUCUUUCCCUAUUCUUGUUUUGCUAUUUUUAUUUCUGAAAAGUGAUCUCUGUCUGAAUAGGCUUACUCUGGUUUUAACUUUCUUCCCAUUAACCCUUUUCACACUGAAAGGGUCCUCUCUACCUUAUCCACGCUCUGAACUUUUAACUUACAGAGUGAAAACUAAUUGUCCCGCAGCAAAUCCCACAUACGUGUACUUCCAUCAUUAAAUGAAUGUACUAACUCCAUAAACAAGCAUUUGACUCUGCACCUAAGUCAGAAGCUAGUGAGACUUCACUCUAGCCCUGAGAAGACCUGACCAUAUGCCUUGGUUUCCCUGCAUAAACUGGGGUUAAUUCCGCUGUUUCACAGCACCUGGGGGGUCGUGAGUCUUGACUAAUAAAUGGUGGAAAGCAUCUUGCGAAUGUCCCGUACUAUAUAAACGUGUGGCAAAUAAUCUGGAGAGUCUUCAAGUAGAAAUGUAUUCUUGUGCAGCUCAGUUCAGAAUACUAAUCUACCCAUUGUUUCAAAUAAAAUAUUCUACUAACCUAUUUCCCCCUUUUUUUCUUCUAGAAAUAUUUUUAGUAAAAAUUAGUUUCUAGGAAUUUGAAAUGUGUAUAGGAAGAAACCAAUAGUAUAUAUUCUUGCUUGUCAGAAAAUGCUCAAGUUGUAUUUUAAGUGUUAAAACUAAAAGGUUUGCAUAACAAUGUAGUGGGGUAAGGAGGAGGGUUUUAGCUCAAAUGUGGAAAAAUAUAGAAAUACAAAAAUUAGCUUUGAUUUUGAGAUUGUAUUAUAAAUAGUAGAGUUAAUGUGGUUGUAAUAGAUACUCUUUAUUUUUAAGUUACCAGAAAUUAUCUUUUAUUUUUGAACUGUAUGGUUCUUGACAUGUUUUGAAUAAACUUUUUAUCAAUUAAAGUUUUUCAUUUACCUUAUUAUCAA